AAUAUGAAAUCAAACAGAAAUUAUAAUGGAUUCAUUGUUUUUGUACCAAAACAAAAGUACGGCAUGUUUAUGACCGAGGACUUUUGGCCCGACGGGGUAUUAUAUCGCCGUUUUGUUGAUUACAAUCGCAACUCGGACAAACCUGCCUACCGGGAGAUAAAGGGACUAAUAUCAUCAGUAAAUGGAUAGUACCAUUAAACUUGUUACAUUUAACUGUAAGAGUGUCACUAGGUCGGUGGAUUGUGUGAGGCGGCUUUGUCGGACGGCGGGUUUUGUGGCACUACAGGAGACCUGGCUUUUCCCUCACGACCUACAGUUUCUGGGCAGCAUUGAUGACGCAUUUUCUUUUACUGGCAAGUCUGCUGUCGAUACAACCGCUGGAGUACUUAGAGGGAGGCCAUAUGGUGGAGUCGCUUUGCUGUGGAGGAAGACGAUGUUCCCAACGGUGUCUGUGAUCGCGUGUACUAGUGUGCGUCUCACUGCGAUAAAGGUAGUGCUUCAUGACCGGUCUAUGUUGGUGAUAUCAGUGUACAUGCCUACUGACUCAGUCGAUAAUCUCACGGAGUUUACAGAGUGCCUAAGUGAGUUAAACGCGAUUAUUGAAAGUUGUGAUGUGGAAUCUGUGUUCAUUCUGGGAGACUUUAACGCGCACCCAGAGCAGCAUGCAAGUGAUUCCUGAGAGGGCGAAUGUGACAUUCUCGAACCCCAAAUACGUAGCCAAUCUGACAUUAAACAUUCGGCGGUACAGCAGGAAGUCUGCCUACUACAUCAACUUGAUGGGCAUUAACAAGCAAACCUGGACUAACAAUAUUACGGUCGAUAUUAGAAUCAACCAGUACUUGCACAAUGAGUACCGGCCCUCAUUCGUGGGCGGCCAAAUGAAGUACUGCGACCUCAUCAAUAAGGAGCCCUUCAUUGGCGGCGCUUUGAAGAACUCGGGCUUGAUAUGUCCCUUGCCUGUUGGCUAUCACUCUGUAAUGAACAUCACGGCGCCGACUGAAAACUUCCCCAAUGUGUUUCCCUUCGAGAAGGGCCGCAUAGAUUUCGUAGUGACCCUGAGCAGCACGGGCGAGGGAGUGUUAAAUGCUUUCCUCGAAGUUAGGUUCAAGCAAACAUAAUUUAUAUGUAUUUAAACAAUGUUGUCAGCGUCAGAAUAAAGUUGAAUAAAUCUGAGUUCUAAAUCUU